AUUAUAAUAUUGUUACUAUUGUGUGUAUAUACAUGUGAACUGUGAAGUGCUCACACGAUCGUUUCUAGCGCUUCUCCUCUAUUCUUCUUCGCUCUCACUCUCUGGGUGUUCACUUAUAUUUGAACAUGGCUGAGGCUGCACCUGUUGUUUCAAGUGAUGAAUUGUUGGAAUGGCCAAAGAAGGACAAACACAGGAUGUUACAUGCCGUUUAUCGUGUCGGUGACCUUGAACGCACCAUCAAGUUUUACACAGAAUGUUUUGGGAUGAAGCUGUUGAGGCAUAGAGAUAUUCCAGAAGAAAAAUACUCUAAUGCCUUUCUUGGAUUUGGUCCAGAAGAGUCUCAUUUUGUAGUGGAGUUAACAUACAACUAUGGAGUGGAUAAAUAUGACAUUGGAACGGGCUUUGGACAUUUUGCUAUUGCAAGUCCAGAUGUUUACAAAUUGGUUGAAGAAAUAAAGGCCAAGGGUGGGAAUGUCACACGGGAACCUGGUCCUGUUAAAGGUGGAACGACAGUCAUUGCUUUCGUGAAAGAUCCUGAUGGCUACCUUUUUGAGCUUAUCCAAAGAGGUCCUACUCCUGAACCACUCUGCCAAGUAAUGCUACGUGUGGGUGAUCUUGAUCGCUCUAUCAAGUUCUACGAGAAGGCCUUGGGAAUGAAACUGUUGAGGAAGAUCGAUAAUCCGGAGUACAAGUUCACUCUAGCAAUGAUGGGAUAUGCUGCUGAAGAUCAGACGACGGUUCUGGAGUUGACAUAUAACUAUGGUGUGACUGAAUACACCAAAGGAAAUGCAUAUGCCCAGAUUGCUAUCAGUACCGAUGAUGUGUACAAAAGCGCUGAAGUUGUCAACUUCGUUACACAAGAGCUUGGAGGGAAGAUAACUCGACAACCUGGACCGAUUCCGGGACUCAACACUAAGAUUACCUCCUUUUUAGAUCCAGAUGGCUGGAAAACAGUUCUUGUUGACACUGAAGAUUUUCUGAAGGAACUGCAUAAGAAAGAGUAAUGGCGGGAGUGAAAAAGCUUUCUCGAGUGAUGCUUCAAGCAUGCAAAUCUUGAUGUCUCUCUAAUAUGAAUAAGUUUGUUGUAUUAUCUAUAUGAAUAAGUGUGUCAGUAUUAGCAACCAUCAUGGCUGUUCUGGACAUUUUGACUACUUACAAACUUUGGUGGUGUUGUAUUAUCUAUAUAAUAUUGAAGUGGGUGCUUAUAUAUUAUUAUUGUUCUAUUUUUGGUA